AUGGCAACGUUAUCAUUAAUUAAAUUCGAUGGUCCUUUUAAUCUUUCUAUUCCCUCUAAUGAAAAUCGAUUUUAUUUAUCUGCAAUACAGAAGUAUGACGCCCCUAAAAUUUAUUCAAUCCUUGGUCCAACAAAUAUAUUAUCUAUGGAUAUUCAUAAAUGGACAAGGGCGCUCCCUAAUCCUUACACUCUUUCUGAUGCUGAAUUUUUUGUAUCGAAAUGCCUCAGUUCGUACUCUGAAACCCUUACUUGUACAACAUGGGCAAUUCGUAAUGAUCAAAAUGAAUUUAUCGGAUGCAUUGGACUACUUUUGCUUGAUGAAUCUUCCUACAAUAUUUCUUCUGAUUUUAAUUAUCUCUCUAAAAACAGCUAUGAAGUUGGAUAUUUUAUUUCCCCACAUUAUAGAAAUCUUGGCAUUACUAGUUCUGCUUUGAAUUUUGUUUGUGAUGAAAUCGCCUUUAAUGGUUUAGGAUUAGACCAUUUAUAUGGAAUGACUUUUACCGGAAACGUUAAAAGUGAGCGCGUAUUGAAAAAAUCCGGGUUCAAGUUCGAAAAGAUAUUAAAUGAUGCGUUGGUAAAAGAUGAUAAAAAAGUAGAUAUCUCUUGUUAUAUUAAGCGUAAAGAUUAA